AUGCAUAGUAAACUCAUUUUCCGCUCUUUAGAUGAUCCACGUUUUACUACUUUAAAAGAAAUUCGUAACUGGUUUGUUUAUGGUUCAAUGAUUCAACCUAAACGUAUUUCACAAGAUAUGCUUGAGGGAUUUUAUGGAACAAUUCGUGAAUCAGGUGGAGAUUCAUCAACACAGACACUUAAAUCUUAUGGGCAUGCAUUAAAUAAAUAUCAAGUAACAGCAUUGGUAUCAUCAGAAAUUAAAAAGAUGGAAAAUUGGAAUUUUCAUCUUGAAGUUUAUUUAGAUAAUUAUAGAUGUUCGGGAGUUUGGUAUCAGGAUUUUCUUGAAGCAACUCACUUAAAUGAUCCUUAUUUAAUAUCCGGAGAUAAUAUUAAUUUAGAACUAGCUGAAGCAUCAAAAUUUGUUUAUAUUGUUGGAUGGAUUAUUUAUAAACUAAUUAAAAGUAAUACAAUGAAAUCACAUCUUAAAUUCAAAGCAAUGAGUGCUUAUCUUAAAGUUUUAAGCUCAAUUCAAACAACACUUAUAAUACCCGUUUUAUUAUGUAAUUUAUCAUUACUUGAAAAUUUUAAUACACUCAUUGAUAUUUCCAACCAAAUGCUUAUUACAAAUAAUUCUAAAAAUACAGAGGAAUAUGAAAUAAUGGAAGAAAACAAGAGAUUUCUCUAUGAGAAAAUUAUUUUCACAUAUAUGAAGAGUAGACAAAAAUCUUGA